AUGACAAAGAGAGAAAUUCUAAACAACAACACUAUGUUUACAAAUAUCACAGCCAGGCCAGCACAUGCCAUUGUUUCACCUCAUCAUUAUUUCUGCCAGCAGAUUCACAUGAUUUCGUCAUUUGAGCUUUGUUGUGAACGUUCAACACAAUUUUAUCAACGGAAUUUUCGUCAAGAUCAUCUGAUUUUUUUUUUCAUCAAGCAUCAUCGAGUAAUGGACCUGCGACCAAGAGAUCCAAAAACUCAUAGAGCUAUCACAUUGGCCGAAAAGAAGAAAUCCGACUGGGAAAGAGAGCCAACAGUAUUUGUAGACUACACAAAAUAUUGUGUUGUUGUAUUAGACCGCUUGGAGGAUAUCGAAUCGAAGAAUAUGCUUCCGACGAAAUGUUUGGACUUAGAUUCAAGUGAUAACGAUUACUAUCACUUUGUACAGGGGCUACAACUGUCAUCAAAAGCAAAAGAAGAAUCGGAAUCAGGCUCUGAAUCAAAUGACGACUCAGGCACAUCAAAUAUGGAAUCAAAAACGGAAUUGGAAUUAAAGUCUGGAUCAGAAUCGAAUGAAUUCAACCAUGAUAUUGAUAAAAUUUUAUGUAUUUCAAAAAUGGUCUUCUACGGGCUUUUAUGUAUGUUGAUUGUAAUCAUAGCAAUACAAAUUUUGUAUUAA